ACAUUUCAGGAAUAUAAACAUUUCGAUCAUCACUCUCUGUAGAAAAAUUUGGUGUAUUUUAUCCUUUUAUCCAAAAAACAUUAACAUAAUUACGAAAAAUAAAGGAGAAAAUUUGAAGAAUAUUUAUCCAAAAGGAAAAUUGUUAAACAAUGGCGAAAUUAUAAUUUAUGAAUGAUCAAAAAUAAAGUUUGAAAUGAUAUGCAGUAAUGGAAAGAAAAGGUCACAAAUAUACCUGUGCAGAUGCAAAAUAAAAGGAAAUAAAAUCAAGGGUGGUGGUGGUGGUGGAGACGAGACCUUGAAAAUAUGGGUUGCAGAUGACGCUACCUUCGUUCAUGGCGGCCAUCAUGAAAAACUGGAUCCACCAAUAGAAAGCAACGUUUUUAGCCCUGCUGCUUGUAUACGCGGUGUCUGAUUGGCCACACGAACAUUUCCCAUCAGCUCACUGCUCCUAGCACCCGCCAUAACGAACAUAGUGGAAACAUAGCGUGGUGCGCUUGCAACAGUAUUCGAAUAGAAAGUGUGUGUUUCAAAGUGAAAAAUCUGGAAAACAAUUUUCAUCUCUUUUAAAAUUAUUUCAAGUUGGAAAUAUUUUGGUGCGCGAGUGUUCAGUGUACAUUUUUAAACGUAUGGUGACACUUUGUAUAAAAUGGAAUUUGCGCAGAAGUUGCAUUUUGAUGAAUGCGACAUUGAGGAUGAGGAACUGAAUAUUAGUUGUCGUACAAAUAGUUCAGGAUAUGAUAAUGAAGAUGUUUUUGAUACAUCCGCUGAAGAUUUUGGAGUUACACCAUUGCAUGCUCCAAAAAAACUUUCAUUUGACGGUGAUAUGGACUGUAAUGAUGAUGGUGAAACGAAUCUAUUACAUCCUAUAAACAACAACAAGACUCCAGCCAUUUUUGUGACAGCUGCUAAUGAUAGCAGUAAUUCAUUGAAAAUGUCAAUGGCGUGCAGUCCACCGUACAAGAGGGUGAGAGCCCUGAGGCUUUUUGAUUCGCCAGCAACGCCCAAAACUUUAAUUGAAAAAAGUGGAAUGCAUACACCAGUGCCAAACAAAUCGUCGCGACUUUUUGUUAUGGAUAAAUCGAGAUCGUCAGUUGGCAGUUAUCAAAAGGCCGAUAAACCAGCGGCAAAUGUUAAUCCCUUCACUCCAAAUGUAAUGUUAUUGACAGCCAGAAAACGAACGAGAUCAAAACGAAGUCUCAAUGGAUCCCCGGACAUUGCCCUACCGAAAUUUCAUCUGGACUCGGAUUCGGAGAACGAAGCAGAGCAACCGUCAAAGAGAGCGGCACUUCAGGUACCAAAUAUUCCGCGCUAUCAGCAAGAAUUUCUCGAAGUUGGUUUACUGGGUUCAGGUGAAUUUGGUUCUGUUUAUAAAUGCAUAAAUCGAUUAGACGGCUGUACGUAUGCGAUAAAAAAGAGUCUUAAACCAGUGGCGCAAGCCGGUAAGGUGAAUGAAAAAAAUGCAUUAAACGAAGUGCAUGCACACGCCGUUCUUGGGAAGCAUCAGCACGUUGUUAGAUAUUAUUCCGCAUGGGCCGAGGACAAUCACAUGAUUAUUCAAAAUGAAUAUUGUAAUGGUGGAAGUUUAGCUGAUGCGAUAACGAAUUUACAAAUUGAAAAGAAAACAUUCUCGGAACAGGAAUUACGAGAAUUAUUGUUACAAGUGGCGGAGGGUCUUAAGUACAUACAUGGAAUGCAACUCGUGCAUAUGGACAUUAAACCGGGUAAUAUAUUUAUUACGAAAGAAAAGAGAUUAUCGGCUGUGAAUUAUGACUCGGCGGACGAUGGAUUCGAUGAGGAGGAGGCGACCGAGGAGGAGGAGGAAGUAACGUAUAAAAUUGGCGAUUUGGGGCAUGUCACGUCGAUAAAUAAUCCACAGGUCGAGGAAGGUGAUUGUCGAUAUUUACCAACGGAAAUACUUCACGAGGACUUUAUGCAUUUACCUAAGGCUGAUAUAUUUGCACUUGGAUUGACGGUCUAUGAGGCGGGCGGUGGUGGACCGCUGCCUAAAAAUGGACCCGAAUGGCACAAAAUUCGAAAUGGCGAUCUCAACGAACUGCCGCAGUACAGUCGGGAACUUAACGAUUUACUGAAGCUCAUGGUUCAUCCAGAUCCAGAAAGCAGGCCAUCGGCAUUCUGUCUAAUUCAGCACAGGGUAUUGUGCCCAUUUGCAAAUAAAACCAAAGAACAAUUAUUCCGUGAACUCAAUGCCGAACGAAUGAAGAGGGAAAUUAUUGGCAAACAAUUGGAGGAGGCAAAGAAAUGUUUAAAAUCAAUUGCACCGAAUGUUGCUGCCAUGAAUGGAACAAUGACGAAUUCGAGUGGUUAUCAAUUACGACCAACGCCAACGAGGACAUCAUCACGUGUUAUAGGUAAAACAACAAAUCGCAGUCACAGCGCAACUAAUUUUUAAAAGUGUCAUUAAAAAAGAAGUUACUGUUAUUUUUUUUGGAGGAGCGGUGUCCCAUUGAUGCCUCUAAUAUUGUGAUAUCGUUAAUUCUCUAGUUUAUAAGCAAAGAAAAAAAAAUCCUCGAUUAGCAUAAUGUUGGAAGCAGAGUAAAAUUGUUCAUUUUUCUCUUUUUUUCCACGAAAAGAAAAGAAAAAGAAUUCUUGACUUGAGAAGAAAGAAAUUUGACCCUUGAACUUGGUUCGUAAACUAAAUAAUUAUUUUUUUGUUCCUGUUUAAUUUACAAUUUUUAUUAUCAUUUAUGGACUUUGUGAAAAAAUGAAGCAUUUGACUGAACUAGAAAAGAUUUAUUAAUGAUUGAAAUUAAUCGGUAUAAUUAUCAAAUAAAUACUUUCUUUUGUGUAUUUAUUCACUUUAUAUAGCACUUUCUAAGAAACAUCUAAAUCGAGAAUAAUUGUACCUAGUUUAUAUUUUUUUUGCAUGUUCUUGGAGAUGUUUCACAAAAAUGUGAAAAAAAUGCAAUUUUUUUUAAAGGUUUUAACCUGUUCCUUAUAUUUGCGGAAGAAUACAUUUUACUAUAUCUGAUCAGGCAUGAGUUCUGUUUAUUUAUUUAUCGUUUUUUUUAUUCAUUUAAUCGUUUUAUGACAAUUAACAAUUUGAUUUUGCAAAUGUAAAUAUUUUUUUUGACUGAAUUCUCCUAUAAUUCAAAUUGAUAUGUUUUGAAAAACGGAGUUUAAUAAUUUUUUAUUUUUCUUUUUUAUUUUUAAAGGAGUCUAAAAAAGAUUUGAUGAAUUGUUAAUAGUAGACGAUAAUAAUUCGCCUUAAAAGUAAAUUUUUUUUUUUGCAUGUAACGAGGAAAAGUUUAAAGAUUUUUGUCAAUUUGACUCUGCUACCUUUGCCUUAAAUUAAACAUAAAAAUUCUUUGAUAAAUGGCGAAGAAUAAUGUAUUUUUUUUUUUAAAAGUUAAAUUAUUUUUGGGUGCAUCUAUUUUGGAUGUUUUCACAUUUGACUCGCCUUAUUGUCUUUUUAUUUUAUAAAACUAAGAUGUAAUAAAUUUUCAUGUAUUAUAAUAUCAAAUUAACAAAAAAAAGUCGUUUUAGUAAAAUAGUCUGCGUUACUAGUUUUUAAGGUAAUCACAUUGUCCUUCCUAUUAUUCUCUUAAAUACAAUUUCUAAUUUUGUAAAUUAUUUUUUUAAAAACAGAGGAAUGUCUUGGAGAAAAAUUGAUCGCACAAUAAUUUUUUACAUUUUCAAGCACGCAAGUUGUUUUUUUUUUGUAAAUUUAAUUGAAAUUACUUUUUAUAUUCGAAACAGUAAAUGUGGCUUGUACUAAAAUUAAUUUCAACUAGGAUGCGUUCCAUUUCUCCUGAUUUUUCGAAUUAAUUUUAGCUUUUUUAAAAAAAUUUAAACCGUUUUAAAAUUGACAUUAAAUGAAUUGUUCUUAUUAUGAAAAUUAAUUUUAAAAAAAGCAAACAUAAAAAAUUCCAAACAAAUUUACUUUUGUAACUCUGAAAAUAAAUUUAUUUUCUGUAAAUUCUCUGUAUUUUUUCAAAUUUCCAAAAUGUUUGUUUCUAAAAUUAAUUUUCAAAAUAAUACAAUAUAUAUUAUUAGAAUAAUUGCAUAACAUUUUUUUUAUGCUGCGAGAAAAGAAUUGUCAGUUUGAUUUUUUUUUUUAAUGAAAAUUUACAACUAAUUGGAAAAAUGUGCCGGAAUAAAGUAUUUUGUAUAAUGUUAUGUAUGAUUUUGGCUAUAAGAAAAAAAAUGUAUAGGAAAUGAAAAGACUUGUAAAAAAAAGUGAGAGAUAAUAGCACAUGUACGUUUAAUAGGAGAAAAAAAAUAACAAAGUGAGGUUGUUCAACAAGGGUGGAUCCCAAAUUGUUGUUAGAAUAAAAAAGGAACUUAAUUUUGAUACACUGCGA